UUUGUGUGCCUCUUCCUUGGUGGGGCCGCCCUUCUCCUUUUGUCUGUGCUUGGAGCCUUCCACGCAGCGCGACGUGCGACAUGGAAACACGUCAAGGCUCUGCCCGGUCCCGACGGGAGCAUACCGCUGCUCUGGAUUGUUCGGCAACACUUCCGCAUCGCCAGAGUCAAGCACAUGGUCCCGUACAACGUGUCUACAAUGGAAACGCAUUUGGGAAUAUGUUCACAGUACCAGAAGAAGGGUAUUUACCGCUUCUAUGUGGGAAACCAACUGCAUGUGAUGAUAUUUAAACCAGAACUCAUCGAGAGUGUUCUGACCAGUCCAAAAACGAUGUCGAAAUCGUUCAAUUACAGCCUCUUGCACUCGUGGUUGGGCACCGGCUUGUUGACAAGCUCUGGGGCCAAGUGGAAAGAGCGAAGACGAAUGCUGACUCCGGCCUUUCACUUCCGUAUCCUGGAGGAUUUCGUCGCUCCUAUGAACGAGCAUGCCAGAAACAUGGGGAAGAAAAUCAGCCAAUUUUCCGAGACCGACGAGACCGACGUCGUCCCGUUUUUGGCGACAUGCACUUUGGCAAUUUUACUGGAGACCAUUAUGGGUGUGACGACGGGCAAAUAUAGGGAAGACAUUGGAUCGUACAUCGACGCAAUUAAGUAUUUAACUGAGCAGCUUGUGGCGAGGUCUCAGACGCCAUGGCUGCAACUGGACUCGAUAUAUUUGAGAACUGAUGCAGGACGGGAGUACAAGCGCAGGGUCUCGGUCGUUCACAAUUUCACCAAGAAGGUGAUUGGAGAUAGAAGGGAAGAGCUGGUCAGAGAAAGAAGAACGGUACACGCAGUCUCUACGAACGACGACGAAUUUCGUGAAAAAAGGCGACUGACAUUUAUCGACAUCUUGCUCCACCACAGCUUGGAUUUCGACGCACUUCUUAAGGACGAAGACAUCCGCGAAGAAGUGGACACGUUCAUGUUUGAGGGUCACGAUACCACGACAAUGGCGGUAGCCUGGUGCCUUUACCUGAUCGGCCUGCAUCGCCAAGUGCAAAUUAAAGUUCAAGAGGAGCUCGAUGACGUUCUCGGAGGAGAACCGGACAGGAACAUAACGCCGGAGGACAUGAAGAAACUCAAGUAUAUGGAUUGCGUCAUCAAGGAGUCUCAACGCCUGUGCCCCGCAGUACCGCUCAUCGGACGUACCGCCACAGAGGAGCUCAAGCUGGGAGGCCAUACGAUUCCAGAGGGAACCAAUAUUGGACUGGUUUUAUACAUGCUGCAUCGUGAUCCCGACGUCUUCCCAAGGCCAGAAGAGUUCGAUCCUGAUCGGUUCCUUCCCGAAAACUCCGCGUCACGUGACCCUUUUGCGUUCAUACCGUUCUCGGCCGGAUCCAGAAAUUGCAUCGGUCAGAAGUUUGCUUGGAUGGAGAUUAAGAUAAUCUUAAGCCACGUCCUGCGGUCCUUCAGCUUGCAGUCGGUGGAUCCUCGAGACAAGCUCCUAAUGACUGUGGACGCCGUCCUCAGAACAGCAAAUGGACUCAAGAUCAAAUGCAUCCCACGAGUGUCAUGAGCGCUUGUAGAACUUCAGAGCCUUUUUUUUUUUGUUAUUUAGAAAAUACGCUGAAGCUCAUUUUUCUACUGUAUGUUUAUAAAAUGUGGAAGCAACAUUAACUCUACUAACGUCUGUCAUAAAUCUUAUAUUGUCGCGUACAUGGCCCGGAGGAAACAUUUCUCCGUUCUCUUAAAAGAUUUGUGUUUACUCUCACCCUGAGUUUGAUAAGGAGGCCAAC